AUGGCGAUGGUGUUGGAAGGACCUCAGCUUGAUGAAGCCAUCGAAGAGGUGUCCCGUACCCUGCUCCAAGCCUUCCAGCUCUGUGGUAGAUAUAGCAGGGAGUUUUCCAGACCACAUAUAGUGACAUGGACCGUUGGCACAGCAGAUCCUCCAGUUGAUGUGAGGUUACUCUUACAGCUUGACUUUGAGAUUGAUCUUUAUGUAAUAUGUCUGCAGGAAGUGAGAGCCACUCCAGUGAAGUAUGUGUUUGAUCUGAUAGCAGAAGACUCAUGGAGCCACCUCUUCAUGGAUACUCUUGCACCAUAUUACUUUGUCAAGGAGACUUCUGUGAGGAUGCAGGGUUUUCUCCUCCUCCUGUUUGCUAAACAGGCCCAUCUUCCUUUUAUCCGUGACAUCCAGACCACAUACACCCACACCGGAUUCUUUGGAUAUUGGGGGAAUAAAGGUGGCAUGUCUGUGCGGUUCUCCUUCUAUGGUCACAUCCUGUGUUUCCUAAAUUGCCACCUUGCAGCACACCUGAAUUAUGCUAUGUAGCGUGUGCAUAAGUUUGAGUACUACAUCCUAAGCUCACAAGAUUUCGACUUUGACAAUACACAACAUGUGCUCGACCACAAGGUGGUAUUUUUGUUUGGUGAUCUCAACUUCCUCAUUACAGAUCAUGGUCUGCACUUCCUGCGCUCCUCCAUCGACAGUGGUCACUUCAACCUGCUGUGGAAUAAAGACCAACUGAUGAUGAUGAAAAAGAAGGAGUCACUUCUGCAGGAGUUUGAAGAAGGACUGGUAGAGUUCAAACCAACAUACAAAUUUACCCGAUUCUCUGAGGCCUAUGACAAGAGCCUGGAGGAGACAUGGUUUGGUUUUACUAGAAAGAAAUGGAGGCCUGCCUGGACCGAUCGGAUCCUGUGGAGGAUACAGCCUAAACGCUCACAAGAUGAGAAAGAGAGUGGCUCAACAACAUCAUCAGCAGACAAAAAAGAAUUUUCUUUGAAGGUGGUACAGCACAAGUACACAUGCGACACAUCAUAUGGUGUUAGUGACCAUAAACCUGUCAUUGGCACUUUUAACCUGGAGAUGCAGAAGAAGGUGGAGAAGACUUUAGUAUGUGUGAGCAGUGAGGCCCACUGGAGCUCUGAUGAGGAUGCAGUCCUGACCUACAGCAUCCAGGAUAAUUUUGCUGUCUGCACCUCAGACUGGAUCGGCCUCUACAAGACUAACUUCAAGAGUCCCUCUGAUUACAUCACCUUUGUGGGGGUCAACGAGGAUAAGAUUGCAGAAAUCAAUGAAAUUGUCCAGUUGAGAAUGAAUAAAGAUGACCUCCCCUUGCUGGCAGGGGAUUACAUUCUGGGUUACUUCAGCAGGAACAUGCAGUCCCUGUUGGUCUUGAGCCCUACUUUUCAGAUAAUGGAGUCUAGGUUCGCUCUACUAGAAGACUUGGUGCCUGAGAAUAUUAAUUAACUGCAGCCACAGUAACUUCAUCCACAGAAAAUAACUGAAUGUUUAAUUGUCAAAAAUCUCAGACUAAACUGUACUGUGUAAACUGUUACUGUACUGUACUUGAUUUGAGCAUGGGAGCUGGUUACACCACUACUCCUUCUUCUCCCGUAUGGUGCCUUCUUCAUUGAGCACACAAUCCAUCCCCUGUGCACAAACACUCUUUAAUAAGUCAAAUAACAAUCAAUGACAUUUGGGCAAAUUUUCAUUCAAUGGGCACAGAUUGGAAAGCGUGUGUAUAAAUAAAAACAUGGUGAAAGCUCACUGACCAAAGGUGAGAUUGAAUGAAUAAUAUAGUAAGUGUUGAUGGUUAGCCAGUAGUGUGUAGAUAUUUACACACAAUAUAAUCUACAGUAGCUGAACUUAAUGUUCUAAUUAAAAGGAGAUUCAGCUGUGCUGACAUCCUCUAUUUUUGCACAAAUCAUAGCAAGGGGGAAUCUGAGCAGAUGUGUCAUGUACAAUUGCCAGCAAAUGAGGAAAUUAGGAAAACCAAAAUAUUACUAAUUGAAAAAAAGUACAGUCUACAUCACUUGAUUGCUCAAGCAUAAUUUUUUUUUUGCCCAAUUAGGCAUCUGCUUAGUUCAUACUGUAUCAAGAUUAUUUGGCAUUAUUUUUUCAUUUUUUAUUAAAUUGAUUUUAGAAUUUUUCAUUUUUUAUGAAAUUAAAAACACAUUAGAAUGUGGGACUAAUACGUUAAAAAAGGCUGUUCUGGUAAUACAAACCGCAUGGGCCUGCAUUGCCUAUUCAUCUGAAUAUGAGACUGAAGAUGGUAAAGCAGUUUAAUUUUAUAGAAUGCUACCAUUUCUUUUAUAGGAAAUGGAUUGAAAUACAGUGCAUAAGAGAACUGGCUCCUGGUAUAAACAAUGCUGAAGUACUUUAUAGUGGUAGCAGAGUGUUAUUAUAAUCAAUCAAGAUGUAGCAAAAUAGUUAGGUACUGUAGAUGACAUUCGACUUGCAAAGUCAUGUGCAAAGUGCAAUGCGAAUAAGAUUCUCAUGCACAGAUGAUCAAAUUUUGAGUAAAAAAAAUUAAAAGACAUUUUGCAACACUGUGCACUUUACAUGUGUGGCCAUUAACCGAAUGUGAUGUAUAGGCUAACAUACAGUGAUCUCAUUCUUAGUGGGUGAAUCAUCCAGCAUCAGAGAAAGCUCCUCAUAACAU